AUGGCCAUCACGAUCCCGGAGCUGGACGAGAUCGUCCGCUCCUUCUACGAGGGCCGUGGAGAACAGUUCAAGGAAGACCAAGACUCGUGGCUCCUCGUCGACAAGAUUCUCGCCGAAGCGACCUACCCCCAAACAAAGUGUAUCCGCAACUUUGUCGUGCAGUUCAUCAUCCAGUGCUCCAGCUCCGAAGAGACGAUGAAGGAGCAGAAGACGCUGCUGAACAAGCUCAAUCUCGUCCUCAUUUCGAUCCUGAAGCAGGAAUGGCCGCACAACUGGCCCACGUUCAUCAACGAGAUCAUCACGUCGUGCCACUCCAGCCUGUCCAUCUGCGAGAACAACAUGGUCAUCCUGCGCCUGCUGUCCGAGGAGGUCUUUGACUACUCGGCCGAGCAGAUGACGUCCACCAAGACGCGCAACCUGAAGACGACCAUGUGCGCCGAGUUCUCCCAGAUCUUCACCCUCUGCCAGGAGGUCCUGAACACGGCCGACCAGCCGAGCCUCGUCAAGGAGACGCUCGAGACAUUACUGCGCUUCUGCAACUGGAUCCCCCUCGGCUACAUCUUCGAAACGCCCCUCAUCGACACGCUGCGCACACGGUUCUUGCCCGUCCCCGAGUUCCGCAACGUCGCCCUGCAGUGCCUGACCGAGAUUGGCGGUCUGCAGACCGGUGGGCCCGGACAACCGAAUUCGUACGACGAGCAGCUGGUCAAGAUGUUCACCGAGGUCCUGACCACCAUUGCCACCAUCAUCCCCAUCAGCCUCGACCUCAAGUCGACAUACCCCAACAGCAACUCGAGGGACCAGGAGUUCAUCCAGAACCUGGCCCUGUUCCUGUGCAACUUCUUCGGCAUGCACCUCAACCUCAUCGAGAACCUGCCCAACAGGGACUUCCUCACCCACGGCCAUUACUACCUAAUCCGCAUAUCCCAGAUCGACGACCGUGAGAUCUUUAAAAUCACCCUCGACUACUGGCUGAAGCUCGUCAACGAGCUCUACGAUGAGAUGCAGCAGCUCCCCAUGACCGAGCUCAACCCCCUGAUGGGCAUGGCCGGCGGCAUGUCCGGGGCCGGCGCCCCCAACCCGACGCUGCUCAACAACUACCCGCUGCGCAAGCACAAGUACAACGAGGUGCUGUCGAACCUCCGCACCGUCAUGAUCGAGAAGAUGGUCCGUCCCGAAGAGGUCCUCAUCGUCGAGAACGACGAGGGCGAGAUCGUGCGCGAGUUUGUCAAGGAGAGCGACACGGUGCAGCUCUACAAGACCAUCAGGGAGUGCCUGGUGUACCUGACGCACCUCGACGUCGUUGACACGGAGAACAUCAUGACGGAGAAGCUCGCUCGCCAGGUCGACGGCACGGAAUGGUCUUGGCACAACUGUAACGUGCUCUGCUGGGCCAUCGGAUCCAUCUCUCUGGCCAUGAACGAGGAGACCGAGAAGCGGUUCCUCGUCACCGUCAUCAAGGACCUCCUGGGCCUCACCGAGAUGAAGCGCGGCAAGGACAACAAGGCCGUUGUUGCCAGCAACAUUAUGUACAUUGUUGGGCAGUACCCCCGUUUCCUCAAGGCCCACUGGAAGUUCCUCAAGACCGUCGUCAACAAACUCUUCGAGUUCAUGCACGAGUCCCACGAGGGUGUCCAGGACAUGGCUUGCGAUACCUUCAUUAAGAUUGCGAGGCAGUGCCGCCGCCACUUUGUCGCUCUGCAGCCUAGCGAGCAGGAGCCCUUCAUCGAGGAGAUUGUGCGCAACAUGCACAAGAUCACCUGCGACCUGUCGCCCCAGCAGGUCCACACCUUUUACGAGGCCUGCGGUUACAUGGUGGCCGCCCAGGGCAACAAGCACCAGCAGGAGCGGCUGCUGAGCGACUUGAUGGCCAUCCCCAACGCGGCGUGGGACGAGAUCAUCAAGCAGGCCCGGGUCAACCCCGUCAUCCUCCAGGACGCCGAGACCAUCAAGGUCAUUGGCAACAUCAUGAAGACGAACGUCUCGGCCUGCUCGUCCAUCGGGCCGUACUUCUACCCCCAGAUCGGCCGCAUCUUCCUCGACAUGCUGCAGAUGUACCGCGCCACCAGCGAGCUGAUCUCCGAGGCCGUCCAGAAGCAAGGCGAGAUUGCUACCAAGAUGCCCCACGUCCGCGGGCUGCGCACGAUCAAGAAGGAAAUCCUCAAGCUCGUCGAGACGUACGUCGAGAAGGCCGAGGACCUGCAGUCCGUGCGCCAGCAGAUGGUGCCCCCGUUGCUGGAGUCGAUCCUCAUCGACUACAACCGCAACGUGCCAGGGGCCCGCGACGCCGAGGUCCUCAAGGCCAUGUCUGCCAUCAUCACCAAGCUCUCCACCCUGAUGGAGGACCAGGUCCCCAACAUCAUGGAGAACGUCUUUGAGUGCACGCUGGACAUGAUCAACAAGGACUUUUCCGAGUUCCCCGAGCACCGCGUCGAGUUCUUCAACCUGCUGCGCUCCAUCAACCUCCACUGCUUCCCUGCGCUGUUGAAACUGGACAACCGCCAGUUCAAGUUCGUCAUCGACUCAUGCUCCUGGGCGUUCAAGCACGACAACCGUGACGUCGAGGCUGCGGGACUUAACAUGUGCCUGGAGCUCAUCAACAACAUCGCCGAGAAGACGGACGUCCAGACGGCCAACGCCUUCUUCCAGCAGUUCUUCAUCACCAUCCUGCAGGACGUCUUCUUCGUGCUGACAGACAACGACCACAAGGCGGGCUUCAAGACGCAGUCCAUGGUCCUCAUGAGAAUGUUCUACUUUGUCGAGCCCGCCGACGGAAGCGCGCCCAAGAUCCAGGGCCCCAUCUACAGCCCCGACCAGGCCGCGGCCGGCACCUCCAACAAGGAGUUCCUCGCCAACUUUGUGGCCAACCUGCUUCGCGGGGCCUUCCCCAACCUGCAACCCGCUCAAAUCCAGGCCUUUGUCGAGGGUCUCUUCACUCUCAACACCCAGUACGACAAGUUCCGCCUCAACCUGCGCGACUUCCUCAUCUCCCUCAAGGAGUUCGCCGGCGACAACGCGGAGCUGUUCCAGGUCGAGAAGGAGCAGCAGGAGCGGGACGCCAAGGCGGCCGACCUCGAGCGCCGCGGCAAGGUCGGCGGUCUGUUGAAGCCGUCCGAGCUGGAGGACGACGAGUUGUGA